AUACAGGUACGCUUUUGAGAGGUGAAGCAAAGAAGACUGCUUCAGCACUCAAGGACGCCAAGGAACUCAGAAGGCUUGGAAGCUCUCUGCAUCCUCCGCGCCAACAACACGAACUCAGAUGCAUCUUACAUUGAAAGGGCCGGCUAAUUUUGGUUUACUUGCAUACUGCAACAUGCAUAUCCGCUGAGUACCUUGAAAGCCUCUCGUCCACCAGCUGUCUCGGAUGUCCUUUUGACUGUUGGCAUUCAGAAAACUCAGACAAGGAGCCGGUGCAAAGGACCUCCACUAGUUUUUCUUGACGUUUGAGCAUAAGUGUCAUGGGUUUUUCAGCCAACAUGAGUCCUGGCGCUUGUUGAUCGAAUUUGUCAUGUGGCACACCCACAGCAUCAGCUUGUCGGGUAUGCGACAUAGGGCAACUGCGCAAGAGUCUAGAUAACUUAAGUAGCUCUUGCAACGCAAAAGAAGUUGGUUGAGAGCUCGCUUGAAACACCAAGAGUUCUUGUGCGACUUCCAGCCAUUCGCGGCCACCUCAAUCUUGUGAUUUGAAGAUUCAAAGGUGUCUACGUCUGCUACUCAACGGCGCAACAUUGAGGUUGAUUAGAGCAAGUGAAGGGCACCAAAGAAAGCGAGCCAGGUGCAAAUCCAAGCAUCGGAAGGUGGACGCCGUGUUUUCUGCAACUUUCACCAUAAACGAAGACCAGAUUUCCAAUGGGGUGCUUUUGCUUUGGCGAGGAAGGGCCGAAGGUGCAAGUUGGAAGCAGAGGGGAGGAGAUCUAUCGCUAUCCUUCAGGGAAUGUUGCUGCUGUGAUCCAAGGAGGAAGCAUGUCUUCUUUCUACGAGGACUCAAACAGGAGAAGGCUCUUGUGCUGGUUCACAAGUCAGGGGGAAGGGAAGAUCUACUAUGAGACAGGCCAAGUGAGGGUCUCUAUGACGAAGACGGAUUGCACAUUCUUCGCCCCCGACGGUCACGUGGCCAGAAAGUGGACAUGGCCGAGACUGCUGAAACAGCCGGAGGAAAUCCGGCUGGGGGAACGGAUAAACGUGACGUUGAUCGACGGCGAUAACAUCGUUACGAAGCUCAAGUUGCAAAAGAACGGCAGGAUAACAGAGUUCGAGAGCGGCAGGGCCGCCAGGCGGUGAGCAUGACGAGGCUGGGGGGCGAUUCCGUUUUAGUUCCAGCGGAAGCUAAACGGAGUGGCUUUUCUGCUGAAUCCAGGAGGUAUGGCAGCGUGGGAGAGUCCCCGAAUUGCGUACGUCCGUACUUGUUCAAGCAGGAAGCAUCACGCAAUCUGGGGAUCGGGAAAUUACGUUUGAAGUGCCCAAAGGCCCACAGACCUUUUCUACAGUACCUCAGCCCACCUUUGCCGACGUACCCUGGGAGGUCGUCACCAAGGUUUAUGUCGGUGUUAGUGAAAUGCUGCAUUAGAAAGGUAACAUGACGUUGCUUUACUGUUCUCUAUCGACUACAGUAAAAGUUGGACCACCAACCCCUCAGAAGAUCUGAGUGACUGGCACACUAAAUCUCAUGCAAGCUAGAGUCAGAUCUAGCUAGAUGCGAACGGUCAGUUGGUUCCUGUAGCGAGUUCAAUUCGAAAAUCAUACCAACAGCUUGCACCCCAGCCGAGCCGGCCGACGACGUCCAUGCUUAUGCACUUCAACAGAGGAAGCUUGCGG